CAACUUCUGAGAUAAGCUUUUUGUAAUAAUGACCCUUACCUAGAGCAUAAGAUCAAAACAAUCAAGAUGGAGUUUUCUUCUGCUGAAGCUGACGCCAAGGACUUGGCGAAGAAGGAAGUAGUUGCUCAUCUGACUAAACCAGACCAGCUCGAUCGACUUGAACAAUACAAGAGAAAGAUUUCCAGAAAGAAGGCAACCAUUGAGUCUCAGCUGAGGAAUGCGGUACAGACACAGCUGGACGGAGUACAGAAAGGCCUCAAGAGUCUCCAGGAGGCGAGUGGUGUGAUGCAGACUAUACGUCUGAAUAUGGGAGAGGUGGAGCAGCUGUAUCAACAAUGUGCUGACCUGUCGGAGGUCGUCAAACCUAUCAAAGACGUCAGCAGGAAGCAUCAACAGCUGAAGACGACAAUGGUGCACAUUCAGAACAUCUUCAACGUUCCUCAAGUGUGUCAGGAAACGAAGGAACUCAUAGCUGAUGGCCGACUGCUGGAGGCCCACAGGAACUUGGCGGAGUUGGAGCACACUAGGGAUGAACUGCUGAUUCAGCUGUUUCACAGUGAAGACUCUUAUGUCGAUAAGAACACAUCACUCCACCACUACUUUGAGCCACUGGCCGGUCUCUCUAGCUCCCUGGGUCAGCAACUGUGGCUGAUUAUGCACCAGACAACUGGCCUCGUAGAGGGAGAGCCUCGUAAGCUCGUCACCGCCCUCAGGAUAAUUGAGAGGGAGGAGAAAACAGACGCUCUCAUUAAAGACAUGCUCGACGAGAAAAGCAUUCCACAUUCUCAGUUGCCAGGGAGACCAAAGAAAUGGAAGGAAAAGUGUUUGGAGAUACUGGAGACUUCAAUCUCCAAUAAGUUUGAGGAGCUUGAGCCGGGGGAACAAGAGAAGAUGGAGAACAAGGCGUGGUUAGUGGAGUACCUCACCUCCGUGGCAACAUUCUGCUACACCGACUUGCAAGCCAUCAAAGAUCACGGCACCAAAUGUUUCCCUCCUCAAUACGACAUACUCGACAAGUUCAUUAAGUGGUACCAUCAGUGCCUCGUCAAACUGAUCUCAGAGCGUGUUCAGAAGGGGCUCAAUGCCAAAGACAUUAUCACCAUCAUGAUUUGGAUCGGAGACGUCAGGGAGUCUUUCAAUGAGACCCUGGAUAUUGACUUCAACAAUUAUGGGCAGCUCAUUGACCCAGCAAUAGAGAAGGAUCUGCAAACAACAUGCCAGGAGCAGGUGGAGGGCAAUGUGAAGGAGCUUGUAGGCAAGAUGGUCGAGACAGAGAGGGAAGACUGGGACAGUACCACGCCUCCUGACGCUGACGUUGACGGAGCCUACUACACCACCGUCGGGAUCACCCUUUUCCAGAUGAUUGACCAGAACAUCUCGGCACUAUCUCCACUCGGAAUAAGCAACAAGCUCAGGGUGCUGGCUAUCUGCUUGGAUGCUGUGUUGGACUUCAUCAUGUUUUAUGGCUCAAUGGUGGAGGACUAUUUCAAAUGUCGUCUCCAAACCCAGCGAAGGAUGCCACCAUUCUUCAUCAACUACAUGAUAGCGACGGCCAAUAACUGUCGGUCUUGUGUCGAGUUCGCUGAGCAACUGAGGAAACGAUUCUGUCUUGAGUUGAACGAGACUGUACUCGACGCUGAGUACGAGAGACUGUUCAAAAAGGUCUCAGAGGAGUUCGAUGCCGUGGGACAUCAAUGCGCUACUGUGAUCUUGGACGAUGCGUUCAUGGACCUUGAACCCCUGUUGCAGGGACUCCUCACCAAAGAUGCAUGGUUUGGUAACCCUGGUGACCUGGUUGGCAAAACAGAGGGUACGAUUCUCGACUACAAUGAAGACUUCAAUUGCUUGAAACCAGCCUACUAUUCGUACGUGAUCGUAGAGUCACAGCACAGAGUGAUGAACAGUUACAUGCAGGCAAUGAUGCAGAAACGUAUGGUGUUUAAGAAGGACAAGGACAGAGAAAGAGCAGCCAAAAUGAUCAAAGAUGAGGUGAAGAGGAUCAAUAACGUAUUUCAAAGACUCUCCCACGCCACCAACCCAAAGUAUGCUCAAGGUCUGGAAAUGAUGGCCGAACUGAUAACUUCCAAAACAGACUUCCUUGCUAUGGAUAUCUCCGCACUGGCUACCAAGCACCCUGAUGUCAGGCCUAGUCAUGUCAUUGCCAUCCUGGCUAUGAGGGGAGACCUCAACAAGUCACUCGUCGCAAAGAUAAUGCAGCAGACUCUGAUGAAGGACGACACGGAUGGCCGGGGAGCAGACGUGGGCGACGCCCACCGGUCCAUCUCCUCACCACGUAGGGAAGCCAAUAGAAGCAUGUUUUCUCAGCUCAAAGUCACCAAUCCUUACUCCUUCUUCGGAAAGUAGAUAGUCAUUUAAAAUUAAUUGGAACAAUGUACUUUUUAGCAUUUUUAUAGCCACGCUUUCUGUAGACUAUAUAAUUAUAAUUAUUCAUGUACACAAUACACUGUAUGCAAUCACCUGAUCUUGUUUAUGUAACGUACGAUAAUUAAUGUUAUAUGUAUGUAUACAACGUCAAAAAUCCAUAAACUGUGUCGAUCUUCUUUAA